CGCAAUUUUUACUACGUAAUAAUAAAAAAAAAUAAAUCUCAUAAUCUAAAUAAGUAAUUCAUUUUAAUAAAAUUUUAUACUAUUAUUGAAAUAUUUAUUAUGCUAACUAUGGUGAUUUUAAUAUCAUUAAAUAUUGACAUUAAAGCUUAAGGUGAAAUUAAGAAUUUGUUAUUAAAAAAAAUAUACACACCCUUUGCCACGUUUGGCGAGUGAAAAGGGCAAAAUAAAAAUCAAAAUAUUUUCAAAUAUGAAAAAUAAAACUUUGUUAGACUUUUUAUAGUACUUAUUUAAGCAUACAAAUGCAUUUUAUAAAAUGUGAAUUCAAAAAUAAGAUUUCAAUGAAUCUGUGAGUACAAUUAUAACUUUUACGAGACAAAAUUUAGUGCUAUAAAAAGUAUAAGAAGAAUUUUGGUGUAUCAAAAUAAAAAUUUCAAAAAUAAAUUUUGAAUAAUGAAAAUAAAACGAAAUUACAAUUGAAAAACAAAAACAAAAUAUAUUUGUUAAUAAAUUAAGAAAAUAAAAAGAUUUACAAAUUGCGUAUUUACAUAAAAAAAAAAGAAAAAAGUUGUAAAAGCAGAAACUAUAUAAGUAGGUAGCUACAUACAUAGAUAGUUUUGACAUGAAUGUUGGUCAGACAACUUGAAAUUCCUAUCUAUUUAAACAUCAACAUACCUAUACAUUAUAAGGAGAAAUGUAUAAAUAUUAUGUACAUUAAUAUCAUAAACAAUAUCAAAACAAGAUUCUAAUAUUAAAGAAACUUUCAGACAAGGACAUAUUUAAGAUAAAAAAUUUAUUUCUUCAAAAGAAAUGCUGUAAAAAAGCAAUAUAAAUGAUGCAUUCUUUUGUUGGUUCAAGAUUAAGUGUUGUUGAACAACCAAAUGAGGUUGUUCUACAGGGUUAUCACAAAAAAUUAAAAACAAUGAAAAAGAAAUAUUUUGUUUUAUGUGGUGAAACAUCGAAUAGAGCAGCUAGAUUGGAAUAUUACGAUAGUGAGAAAAAAUUCAAAUCUCGAUCAAAUCCUAAGAAAACCAUUAUUUUGAAAAAUUGCUUUAAUAUUAAUCGACGAUUAGAUACGAAACAUAAAAAUGUUAUAGCAUUAUCAGUUCGUGAUGGUGGAUUUUGCAUAGUUCUGGAUACAGAAGAAGAACUUAACAAAUGGCUAAAAGCGCUAUUAACAUUACAAAGAGGAGAAGAUACAGAAUCUGAUAUGCCUAAACCCACUUUCGAGCAUGUAUGGCAAGUUCAAGUUCAAAGAAAAGGUUUGGCAGAAGAAAAGGGCUUAUUGGGCAGCUAUCAUGUAUGUUUGACUUCAAAAUCACUGACAUUAUAUAGAAUUGGGACGGCUAGAACUAAUCAAGGUGAAGCUCGAUUGUACAGCGUAGAGUUUGAAUUAACAACAAUAAGAAGGUGUGGGGAUUCUCAGUGUUAUUUUUACAUGGAAGUAGGCCGCCAUAGUUCAAUCGGAGCAGGAGAGCUUUGGAUGGAAACCGAAGAUACUCUAAUAGCUCAAAAUAUGCACACAAUGAUUAUCAACGCAAUGUCCUCAAUGAGAGUAAAGGAUGAUCCUUUGGGUCCUAUGAGAAAGAGAUCGUCUUCCGAAACUUCCAAGCCUUCAUGUGGUAUUCAAAGAAGGCAAACAAGCACUGGAUUAAAACCUAUAAACUCCUCACCUCAAACAAAUUCAACACUAGGACGGGAUAGAUGCGACAGUUUGCCGUCAAGAAAUCGAACUAUAAGUGAAUGCAGUAAUCAAAGUGUUACAAAUUCGUCUAUGCCUCCACCUAAAACUAUUCCUAUAAAUAGACCUCAUUCAAUGUACACGAAUCGCCAUAGCCAUAGUCCUCCAGUUAGCGCCAUCAGCCCUUCGACAGGGUGUUCGGAAAGUGAAGGCUCUUCACUUAGUAUAGAUGAACCCGACAGCCUUGAUCAUUCGUCGUUAACCCCUGAUGAAAGUGGAAAUUUUGUACACUUUUUAAAUCUUUCUUCACGCGGUACUACUAUUCCGGAAGAAAAAGAUGAAAUAUGGUAUCCUGAUAAUCAAAUAACAUCGAGUGAUACAGAAAUUCCUUUCAUAGAUAAAUUAAAUAACCAUGGUGGAUUAUCUUUACCAUUAUCAGGAAAUCAGUUAACCCGUAAAGGUAGCCCAGCCAUGAAUUCUCAUACAGGUUCUAUUGAUAUGCAGUCUCAGUACAUGGACAUGUAUAGUCCAUAUAGUCCCUGUGGAAGUUCACCAUGUGACCAAAUUGGUGGAGGAUACAUACCAGUGUCACCCAGUGUUGAGUGCAAUCGAGGAUUGUAUACAGGAAGUUCUGGAGGGCACAGUCGUGCUUCUAGUCUUGCCGAAGAGACUGUAGAUGGUUACGUUACUAUGUGCCCGCCCAAUCAACCUACACAAGAAUAUGUUGAUAUGGAGCAAUCAAUUAAACAAAAUGUAAAUAAUCCCAGCGGUUUCAGUUCUGCUGCUUCUAGUAGUAGUAUUACAUCAGGAACUCCCUCAACUGAUUUAAAAUUUGCUGAGUAUCCACUGGAAAAAGUUACUUCUAGGUUUACUCCGGAUGAUGAAGAUAUGCAGUCAAUUUCUGAUAGACCGACUCGUGCAUAUUCUGUGGGUAGCCGUGUAGAACACAACAAACGAAAACUGAGGAUUGAAUUCAAUAACGAAAUUCAAAACAACUCUCGAGUACGGGCGUUUUCGGUUGGAUCACGGGCGAAAGUUCCAAGGUGUGAUUUAUCGCGCGGAGUGUUAUUUACAAAUCAUAUAAAUGCAACCAACUCCAAUCCAAAUAACAAUGUUGAUUCAAAUUUUAAUUCUUCAAAGCAACGCAACAGUAAAUCCUCAAGUGCUCCGUUACUUUUGCAUAAAAAUCAUAGUUCCGUUGAAAGAAUGAGCGAUUUGAUGGAAAUUGAUUUUUCAAAAAAUUCAGCUGAUUCUUCUAGUUCUAGUGGUUCCAGACGAAAUCUUGAUAUGAGUUCGUCGUUUUUAACGCAUAGUACUCAAAAAGCUAAUCGCAUUUCAUCAAUUCCUGUUACUGUACCUUUUUCAACAACAACUAAAUCCAGUUCAUAUAACAAAGCUACUCCACCAGGUUAUUUGGAAAUGCGACCUGGAAGUUUUCCUGAUAAUAAUUGUUUCAGCUCUUCAUCACCAUUGUCGUUAUCAAAAUUUGAAACCACGGGCGGAGGAAGUAAUAAUAGUUUAAAUACAAGUAAUAAUGGUAAUUGCGGUUAUUUGGAGAUGAAGCCCGUAUAUUUAUCUAAAAGCCCAAGUUUAUCUAGUUCACCAUCAAAAUCAAUGUUAUCACCAAAAUAUUCUGCCAAAUCACAUCAAACGCAAAGCUAUCCUAUUUCAGCCAAAGAAUAUACUUCCAUCAACAAUAGUAAUAACAACAAGAUCAUAAAUACGCAAAAUGAAUACAUGAAUAUUUCGCCAUCCUCUGCAGAAUUCUCAUCAAAUAUAUCAACUAUAAAAGAACAUGAAAAAUCAAUGGAUGUGGAUCAAGGUCCAACUUCUCCAGACGGAUAUGUGCCAAUGAAUAGAAAUAAAAACUUCUCUGAAGUAAAAUCAGAUAAUCAAUUUUGGAUAAAUAGAUCAACAUCAAUGCCAAUUGAUAUAAAGAACGCAAAUCAACCUAAACAUAAAUAUCCAGUAGACUUAGAUACAAGUGCAAUUAUGUCGGGUCAAAACGAUAUGUAUUCAGAUUCUUCACUGUGCAAUCAAAAUACUAUGUUUUCCCUUAGUCCAUGUAGUCCUCAGAAAUCGUUUGAAAACAGUCAUACAAGUAAUCAUAACAGCAUGAUAAAUAAAAGUAAAAGCGCCAUUGAAAGAAAAUGUCUUGUUGAUGCUUCAAAUGGUACUGUAACCUUAUUAGAUAACAGACAAGAAAAAUAUAAAUCAGCAGAAAACAAGUCGAAUAACUCUAUUUCAGCGUUAUCCUCACUGAAAAAACUUCAUAUCUCAAACGUAAAUUCAAACAGUAAGUCAAAUUUCUUUAAAGGAGACAAUGCAAUUAAAAAUGUUGAAUCAUUUUUAUGUAACUAUACGGAUAUGUCUUUGAAUAUUUGCGAAAAACAGAAACGUAACUCAAACGAUUUUAAGAAGGAGAAAACAAUAUCAAUACCAACGGGAAAGAGUCAUGAACAACAUGAAUAUGUUAACUUUGAUCCAAAUUCUUCCUCAAAAUUAUGCGAACAAAAACUUACGGCAAGUAACAGCAAUAAUGCUAGUAACAAUAGUAAUAAUGAUAGUAAAGAUAGUAGUAAUAUUAGUAAUAUAUUAAAAGCAGAUAAAUCACUAAUUGAUUGUCAAAGUGUUUCAACCAAAAAGUUCCCCAUAAAAGAUAAAUCCGCAAUAGCAGUUUUCGAAGGAUUCAAGCCGAUCAAUGACGAAAUGAAUAAUAAUAAUAACAAUAGUAACAUUAAUAAUAAUAACAACAAUAAUACUAGUAUCAAUAACAAUAAUAAUAAUAAUAAUAACAACAAUAAUAAUUUGCUUAAGAAAUUACCAAGAACAACAAAUUUACCAUGUAAAAAUCAAAAUUCAAAUUGUCCAACAUAUGAACUUUUACGUUGCGAUAGUUCUUCUGUACAACAAAAUAAAUUUUCAUUAUCAAGGCCUAGUUCUGUUAAUAGCGAUAAAAUAUCACCUUUAAAAAAUACUACAAUUAAUUGUCAAAUAAGACCAAAUUCAGCUAAUAGUGAAUGUAUACCAUCACCAAUAUCAAAUUCAUCUUCAUCAUCAACUUUAUGUGGUGGUUCAUCAUCAACAUCGUCAUCAUCGACAUUAUGUGGCAGUAAAAGUCAAAGUCCUUUAGCAUCAUCUAGACCGCAAUCAUUUACUGAUAAUACAACUUUUGAUAUAAUGCGCGCUGAUUCAAAUUCCUCAGCUGAUACAUUAUCAUCAACAACUACAGCUACAACAGUUGGAGGAAUCAAUAAUUUAAUAACAUCUAGACCUCCGUCCGUUGUUUCAGAAAAAGAAUUACAUUAUGCUAGCUUAGACCUGCCACCAUCAACAAAUCCGACAGCAACCUCAGCAUCAUCCUCGUCAAUACCUGAAACCAAAGUUAACUCUUCAACAUCAGGGGAUUCAUCAACUAGUCCAAGCCCGAAUGCUAGUUGUUGUCAACAACCAGCAUUUGCAUAUGCUCAAAUUGAUUUUAAAAAAAGUAACAGUGGUGGCAGUACAGAUAGUGGUAAUAAUACCGGUAAUGGUAUUGUAAAAACGGCAGCAGAUCAAAAUAGUAACAAUAAUUAAAAUUAAAAAAAAAAGAAAAAUUAAUAAAAACUCAUAUUGAAUAUAAUAAUAAAUAAUGUAUGUGUAAUUGUGUUGUAUUGUGUUUAAAAGAAAAAAGAAAAAACAAAUUUCUUUAUAUUUUGGAAAUAUCCAAAUAUGCAAAUAAGUUUGUUAAAUUGACUGUUUGUUGUAAAAGGAUAUAUUUAUACAUAUAAAUAUAUAUAAAAUAAUUGUUUCCCUAAAAAAAAAUAAUGUCAUUGAAAUAAGUUUUUGUCUUAGAUCAAAAAAUACUCUAUAUUUUUUAUUGUUUAUUUUUUAUACUUUAUAUUUUUUUAAUCUUUGUUAAUUUUUUGUCUUGUUAGCUUUUCGAAAAAAAAAUAAAAAUUAAUAUACCUGUAAAUAAACUCUAGCAAAAAAUUAAUAAUAUGAAAAAUAAAAAAAAAAAAACAAAAAAAUGUAAUUAAAAAUUAUUUUUAGUGCUUA